CACUAUGCCAAGUAUUGGAAACACAAAUAGAAAGUAAAGACAGGGCCUUGCUCUCAUUCAGUCUCUUCCAACUCUCUAGGUCAGUUACUACUCUGUGAAUGCAAAUGUGGUUUGAUUCAGAUGUUUUCCUAUUCCAGCGGGGACAUAGGAUGACGCUCCACUUGGAUCGUCCAUGGUCAUGACCACCUUGGCCCAGGACUUGGGAAGCAGGGCGCUAAGUGCGCAUCCUCGACUCUCGGUUCAGGACUUCGGCUUCCAGGACACAAGGCCGGAGUAAACUGAGAGGUGGGGGCCGAGGACGCGUCAGGAACGUGUCCCUUUUCUAGCCGCGCCCCCUCUGCUCCGGAGGGGCGGCCGGCCUCCAUAGCGGAACUGCAGGGCCUGCGCAGAGAGUCCUGGCAGGCGCCGGUUGCUAGGCAACCGCGCUGCGUGCCCGAAGACGUCAGGGUUGGCGGCCUCGGCGCCCGCAGUGGCGGGAGGGUUGAGCGGCCGGAACCUGGCGGGAACCCUGCGGGGCAGCCGAGAACAUUGCGGCCAUGGCCCGAGUGUGGCAACAUCCAUUUCUGAAUGUCUUCAAACACUUGAAAGUAGAAGAAUGGAAAAGGUCCACCAAGGAGGGUGAUGUGACUGCUGUUAUGGAUAAGACACUGAAGGCAACAGUUUAUCGUAUUUGUGGUGCCAUUCCUGCUGGCAAUUUUAUUCAGCUUCCCAAAACUAGCACCCAGUCUCUGGGACUGACAGGGCGGUACCUCUACCUACUUUUCAGGCCUAUUCCCAUGAAGUACUUUGUUGUCCACUUGGAUGUGACUACUGAGGAUAGCCAAGUGAUUCGAAUCUCAUUCUCCAACCUGUUUAAGGAGUUCAAGUCCACGUCUACCUGGCUUCAAUUCCCUUUCAUUUAUGAAGAAGCUACAGGGCCUUCGAAGACUUCUAAGACAGACCUUAUUGGUGCAGCUCCCAACUAUGUGCGAUGGACUUGCCUUCAGCUUGAUCUCCAGUUAAUUCUAAUGAUGUAUCUGAAUCGACGUUACAGCCACGUAAAGGGUAUCAAGCUCUGUGCCAAUCAGCUGGUGAAAAAUAUCUAUACCAGUGACCUGUCUUUUUAUCCAGGUGUCACUAUCUCAAAAGUUCGACAAACCAAACUGGUUCUCAACCCCAUGCCCCGAGAAAUGUCAUUUCCUGUUCCAAAGGGGGAGAAAUGGCAUGAUCAUUAUGUGUUUAUCAGGUUUCCUACUGAUGACUCCCAAAUGCUCCAUGAUUCAGUUCAGAGCUGUCUUUCUCAUACAUCAGGAUCUCAGGGGCCUGUGCAGCAGCUUCCACGAUCGGUGACUAACAGCAGAGCCAUCCAAGAUAAAGUGUCACUCAUCCAGCAGAUAACCAGUCCCAUGGCUUGGUCACAUCGGGCUCCUUCGGUUCAGAAGUCUAUCCCUGAGGUAAGUCUGACCUCUGGGCACCUGGAAACCUCAUACCUUGGGGAUCAGAAGGGACACAGAGAAGGAGUUCUAGCUGGUGGAGAUGCUACUGUCACACGUGCGGCAAAUGAUGGUGGCAUUGACGUGUAUGUUCACAAAUUGGGCAAGGAACCCACCAUCCUUGAAGACUCUGGCUUGGGUGAGAUUACAAGCCCAAGGCUGACCAAAUCAGAGACCAUUUCUACCAAGAAUUCAUCUCGGCACAGAUGUCUCCUCCCCGACCCGAUCCUGAAGCUAAAGGGAGUGAUUGGUUUUGGAGGCUGCAGCACCAAAUGGGCCCUGUGGUCUCAGGAUUGUUCCUGUUUGGUUUAUCCUUGUCAUGCUGUAAUUGUGGCCUUGCUCGUGGAGACUGGAGAGCAGCGCUUCUUGAUUGGUCACACAGAUAAGGUUUCUUCCCUCACAUUUAAUGGGAACAGCACUCUGCUGGCUUCAUCACAGAUGGGUCCCCUGAGCAUGGUACGACUUUGGAAUUUUGAGACAGGAAAAUGUCUGUCAAUAUUUAAAACUCACAUUCACUCCAUAUGCUUCCUCAGCUUUUCUUACAGCGGGACUGUCCUCUGUGGUGUUGGAAGGGAUAGACAUGGGAAGACGAUGGUGGUGGUGUGGAACACAGCUUCCGUGAGCCAUGGAGGGGAAGUGACUGUCCUCGUGAAGGCCCACACGGAUGUGGACAUCCAGGCCUUGAAGGUUGCAUUUUUUGAUGAUACCAGGAUGGUGUCAUGUGGUCGAGACAACAUCAGACUGUGGCGGAUUCGGAGUGGCACCCUGCGCUCAUGUCCAGUAAAUCUGGGAGAGUACCAUGCUCUGGAGUUCACAGACCUUGCCUUUGAAGAAGGGCAUGUUGCCAAUCGAGAACCUGAGGAUCGGACACUCUUUGUCUGUAGCCGGAGUGGUCAUAUUCUAGAAAUCAACUACAAGAAUGUUACCAUCCAAAAUGCCCGACGACUCCUCCCUUCACAAACUCCACCUAUUCACCGGAAAGAGAAGCAGACAUUCAACUCGGGCCCAGGGAUUGCCAUCAACAGCAUCAGUAUUUCUUCCACCUUCUGUGCCAUGGGCUCUGAAGAUGGCUAUCUGCGGCUCUGGCCACUGGACUUUUCAUCUGUCUUUUUGGAGGCAGAGCAUGAAGGAGCAGUCAGUUCAGUCUGCAUUAGUCCAGAUGGGCUUCGAGUCCUAUCCACCACCUCCACUGGGAACCUUGGCUUCUUGGACAUCCAGUCCCGAGGGUAUAACACACUUGUGCGCUCACAUGCUGAUUUGAUCCUGGCGUUUGCUGUAGAAGGACACCGGAAACAACUGGCCACUGUCUCUCAGGACAACACCAUACGAAUAUGGGACUUGGUGACUAUGCAGCAGCUCUAUGAUUUCACCACUACUGAAGAGACUCCCUGUGCCAUAAUCUUUCAUCCCACGCAGCAGGUCUUUGUCUGUGGCUUCAGCAGUGGGGUAGUGAGAUCCUUCAGCUUGGCUGUCUCUGAUCUCCUGGUGGAAUACAAGCAGCAUCGAGGAGCAAUCACGGGCUUAGCAGUGUCACCAGAUGGCAACUUCCUGUACAGUUCCUGUUCCCAGGGGGCCCUGGCUCUCUAUAACUGUUCCACCCCAAAGUACAAUGUCCUCCGAAUGCUGAGUAAUGUGGUCUGCCAAGAUGCUGAGUUGGGCACCAAUAUCCUGGUUGUCAAUGGGGAUAGCAGUCUCCUGGCCUUUGUGGGCCCCUCCAGAUAUACAGUGACCAUUAUGGAUGCUUCCUCCUUAGAUGAGCUACUUCGGAUUGAUAUCAGUAUCCUGGACUUGGAGAGCACAAACCUAGACUCUGCAUUGGACAUAUGUUUUGCUCCUGUGUCUAGUGGCCAUCUGCUUGUGUCUACUUCUUCCAACAAAAUCCUAGUGCUUGAUGUCAAAACUGGUUGCUUGACCCGACAGUUAUCUAACGUUCACCAAGUAGCCUGCUCCGCAUUGGCUCUGAGUGAAAAUGGGCAAUUCCUCUUGACAGCUGGUGACCGGGCUAUCAAAGUGUGGGACUUUCAGAUGAAAUUCAAUACUAGCUUCCAGGUGUUUAUUGGCCAUUCUGAGCCAGUGCAGGGGGUGGCUUUUACUCCUGACCAGCAGCACGUCGUCAGUGUUGGAGAUGCCAUCUUUAUCUGGGACUUCUUAGCUGCUCCUGAGAAGGCAUCUAAGGGCAGUGUCCACUGGUCUAUAGAGUCCUCUCCAUCUCCUAAUACUGGACCAGAUAUUGAGAAGAUUACAGAUGCAGCCUCUGGGACCAAUGGAAUACCUCGUCAGUUGAUACCUGUGCCGUCUCUGGCCUCCCCACCUCGUCUGGAUAUCAGCUCUGUGCCCCCUGGGAAAAAUCAUGAUGUUUUUUCAGAGUCUGAUGAUGAAGGAACCUGUUUAAAGACCCGUAUCAUGGGGUUGACUCAGAAAGCCCCAGACCCGUCUGUCCAUGUUGAGAAGAAAGUAGAUGGGAAUGCAGGUGGCCCUGAGAAGACCAAAUUAGGUCAGCGAUGUUCAGACUUAGAUACUGGCAAUGGCAGGAUUGUGGAACCCCACAACAAUGUUCGCCCUGAUUCCUACAAACAUUUUAUUGCUCGUUUCAAAGCAUCUACCCUUCCCAAGAAAAUCACCUUCCCAGAAAACAACUGUGAGCAUUUGAGGCUGAAAGCUGUUGUGGGUUAUAAUGGAAACGGAAGGGGAAACAUGGUCUGGAGACCAGAUACAGGCUUUUUUGCAUAUACCUGUGGAUGUGUGAUUGUAGUGGAAGACCUGCACUCUGGUUCCCAGCAGCACUGGCUGGGCCACCCCGAGGAAAUCUCAACUUUAGCUGUCAGACACGAUGCCCAGGUCCUUGCUUCUGCCUCAGGCUGGGGGAAUAAGAGCUCUCGUUGUCAAAUCCGAAUCUGGGAUGUGCCAGAGGGGACUUGCCGCAAGGUUCUGUUUCAUCAUGAGACUGAGGUGCAAGCCAUGGCGUAUUCACAUAAUGAUCGACUUUUCAUCACUCUGGGGGAUUACAGCGACCGCACCAUUGCCCUCUGGAAUGCCUUCACCUAUGAACUGAUGUCCUCCACCCGAUUAAUGGAGCCGGUUCAUGAAGUGGCAUUUAAUCCUUUUAGUGCUAAUGAGCUUGCUUGUGUGGGCCAGGGAGCUAUCACCUUCUGGCUCGUGAAGCACUGGGGAGCUGACAUCAACCUCCAGGUCCACAGAGUUCCUGUUCCUGAGGAAAUAGGACCAGUAGAACUGACAUCAAUUUGCUACAGCAUCAUCCCCUUACUCUACAGUGGCACCAACACUGGACAGAUCUGUGUCUGGGACAUAGGCACCAACCGUUGUUUUAUGACCUGGGAGGCUGAUGAGGGUGAGAUUGGUGUGCUUCUGUGUUCUGGAAACCGGCUGGUCAGUGGCAGCAACACUAAGCGGAUCCGCCUGUGGGCAGUGGGAGCAGUGCAGGAGUUGAGGAUGAAGGGUUCCGGGGCAAGGUCCAGCUCUGUCUUUAUGGAACAAGAGAUGACUCUGGAUGGUGCUGUGGUCAGUGCCAGCUUCGAUGAUAGCUUGGAAAUGGGCAUUGUGGGCACAACUGCAGGCACACUGUGGUAUGUCAACUGGGCUGAGAGGACCAGCAUCCGCCUCAUCAGUGGCCACAGAAACAAGGUGAAUGAAGUGACCUUUAGUCCUACUGAGUCCCACUGUGCAACUUGUGGUGAUGAUGGCAGUGUGCGGGUGUGGUCCUUGACCAUCAUGGAGCUGGUGGUACAGUUCCAGGUGCUGAAUCAGAGUUGUUUGUGUCUGGCCUGGAGUCCGUCGGCCAGCAGCAGAGCUGACCACCAGCAAGUGGUGGCAGGCUACAGUGAUGGCACAAUCCGUGUAUUCAGCAUUUCCCGGACAGAGAUGGAGCUGAAGAUGCACCCUCACCCAGUUGCACUGAUGGCCAUCUCCUUUUCUGUGGAUGGUCAGACCAUCAUUUCUGGAGACAAAGAUGGAAUUGUGGCUGUGAGCAGUCCAAGGACAGGAAUUACCAUACGAGUGCUGGAUGACCACAAAGGCUCGCCUAUCACUGUGAUCCAGAGCAAAAGCAAGGAGUACUAUGACUUUGGUUUGGAAGGGGGAGAGCUGUGGUUGGCUGCCAGUGCAGACCGGAGAGUUAGUGUCUGGGCUUCGGAUUGGUUCAGAGACAAAUGUGAACUUGUAGAUUGGCUGAGCUUUCCAGCACCCACCAACCCAAAGAUUCCAACGAACUUACCUCCUUCUCUAGCUGCCUUCUGCCCUUGGAACAGCAGCAUGCUGGUCUAUGUAGGCUUUGGGUUGAAGGAAGAAGUCCUCUUCUACAGCCUCUCUCAGAAACAGGUUGUAGAGAAGAUCCCCUUGUCUUACUUUGCGACUUCCCUCAGCCUGUCCCCAGGAUCGGCCCUCAUAGCUAUUGGCCACUGUGAGCGAUUGCUGAGGCUUAUUGACUGCAUGUCGAAGACUGAGCAAGACUUUGUGGGGCACAACGAUGCUGUCCACCUCUGCAGAUUCACACCAUCUGGCAAACUGCUCUUCACAGCAGCCUACAAUGAAAUUCUUGUGUGGGAGGUGCUGGGCCCAGGAGCAACAGCACCCAAAGAGGCCAAGAACACCCCUCUUAGACCUCAGAUAGCCAGAUAGACUUCUGAUCCUCGGGAGACUCUUUCAUCCAGCUUGCUGACCUGAGUGUGGCUCAGUUAAAACUUGUUCCAUAAAUCACAUAGCUCUUUUUUAAAAAAAAAACAAACCAUUCAGGCUGAAGGAAGUCAGCUGCAGUCAGGACUGAGAACUGACUCUUCACAGACCUAUUUGAUAAACCCAAUGUGUAGGGUGAGAAGACUGGACCACUUUCCUCACCAGGGCAAAAGCCACAUCUGCUAGUCAGGUACAGAGUAGCAUCGGCCCAUUCCUGUUCCAGAACCUGCAAUCCUAGCCCUUCCUCGAAUCACUUUUAAUGAUCUAGCUCCCCAGAAAAACUGUUCCAAAGGAGAACAUGCUCUGAUAACAGGGCAGCCCAACUUAUUGCCUUGUGCCUUUGUUUAGGGCCUGUGUGUUUAUAUGUAUGCAUGUGGAUUUCAGUAUAUAUUUUUGCCCUAAGAUCCAUUUUGAGGUCUUCAGCUGGGGAUUGGCCUGCAAGACUUGAUGCUAAGCCAAGAAACAAUUUUUACAAAUCAAACAGGCCAAAACACAUUUAAGUGUUAUGGAAAUAUGUAAAAUACUUGCUGCCCUUUUAUCUGUAAGGGGUAUUUUUUUUAAAUGUUUCUACACUUGUACAGUUUUGAAAUAAAAGUAGGUGUUUACAGUCCAGCUGUAAGCCUCAGUUGUCAGCCGCUUGCUGGAGAA